GCGCACGUUGUUGGUUCGGUGAUUCGUUACAGAUCCUGUGGGAGGGAGAGUGAACACUGACCGAAAAUUUCGUCACUCCGGAUGCAUGCUGCUUAUCUCGAGCAUUAAGUUCCGCGGUUAUGUGGUUAGUGUCUGUGCUUUUAGCCGGCGGCAGUGGUUCUUAAUCUGAUUACGUUUUCCCCUUGUGGUGGAAGCCAGCGCAAUAAACAGUGCUUACGGAUUGUGUGUUUGUGUGUGGGCCCACGUGAGCCAAAAAGAAGGAUUAAUACAUACACAGGAUUACGGUUUGGGCGUAUAAUUUGAAGCCUACGGCGCAGCGAGUGGUUUGCGUUAUUUCGUGGAAGAAAUUUUAAUUAAUGAUGUGAUUAUAUUGAAAACCUGCGGCAAUGCCCUGCCCGAGUGACCCACCGUGCGAUUCAUCAUCGUUAGUGGAAGUGAUUGCUUGGCUGCCAGAAAACCCCACCCAAAAGUGUCCACAGUGACCUCACCGAAGGUACAACGGGCUGUCUUUGGAAUGUUCGAGCGGUCUCCAAAACCAACGCAACUGAGAUGAAGUUGAAUGGGCUUGCAUGGAUAGAAUUUGUAAUGUGCUUAGCGGUGUUGGCACCUUUGAAGUAUAUGUUUAUGCCGGUGCAUUCAUUACUGCUGCCACUGUUCUGGCCACAAGUGUUGUUGCUGCUCCUCGCCGAAGUGUUUCCGCUCCAGAAAGGAUAUCACUGCUGGUGACUGGCGGUGCUUCUGCUGCUGCCGCCACUGCUGUUGUGCUCUCGUUACCACCAUCAUCAUCAUCGUCACGUUUACCUGUCGAAAGUGAUGGUAGAUCCACUCAAGAUCUUCUGGGUACUGACAAACAGCACGUAUUUAGUAACCAAAUUCAUCCGUAUUGGAAUCGCCGAUAAGAAUGACAACCCGCCGUACUUCGACAAAGCCUUGUACGAGGCGGAGGUCGAUGAGAACGAAGACAUUCAGCACACUGUGCUCACCGUCACCGCCAAAGAUCACGACGAGUCCUCGCGUAUUCGAUACGAGAUCACGAGCGGUAACAUAGGCGGUGCCUUCGCGGUGAAAAACAUGACGGGCGCUAUCUACGUCGCUGGCGCCCUGGAUUACGAGACGAGAAAACGAUACGAGCUCCGUCUAGCGGCAUCCGAUAACCUGAAGGAAAACUACACGACGGUGGUGAUCCACGUGAAGGACGUCAACGACAACCCGCCGGUGUUCGAGCGGCCAACCUAUCGUACCCAAAUCACCGAAGAGGAUGACCGGAAUCUGCCCAAGCGUGUCCUGCAGGUGACAGCCACGGAUGGCGACAAAGAUCGACCCCAGAACAUCGUUUACUUCCUCACGGGCCAAGGUAUUGAUCCGGAUAAUCCAGCGAACAGCAAGUUCGACAUCAAUCGAACCACCGGCGAAAUCUUCGUUCUCAAGCCCCUGGAUCGAGAUCAACCCAACGGUCGGCCGCAGUGGCGUUUCACCGUGUUCGCCCAGGACGAAGGUGGCGAAGGUUUGGUCGGUUACGCCGACGUUCAGGUCAACCUGAAGGAUAUCAACGACAACGCUCCAAUUUUCCCCCAGGGCGUGUACUUUGGCAAUGUGACCGAAAAUGGUACCGCCGGCAUGGUUGUGAUGACAAUGACCGCCGUGGAUUAUGACGAUCCCAACGAAGGUACGAACGCGAAGCUGAUCUACUCGAUCGAGAAGAAUGUGAUAGAGGAGGAAACCGGCUCGCCGAUCUUCGAGAUCGAGGCCGAAACCGGUGUGAUCAAAACCGCCGUCUGUUGCCUGGAUCGCGAACGCACACCGGACUACUCGAUACAGGUCGUGGCGAUGGAUGGAGGGGGGCUUAAGGGGACUGGGACGGCCUCUAUACGCGUCAAGGAUAUAAACGAUAUGCCGCCGCAGUUUACCAAGGACGAGUGGUUCACGGAGGUGGACGAAACCGAUGGCACGAAUCUGCCGGAGAUGCCGAUUCUCACCGUGACCGUUCACGAUGAGGACGAAACGAACAAGUUCCAGUACAAGGUGAUCGACAACAGUGGUUAUGGGGCGGAUAAGUUCACAAUGGUCAGGAACAACGACGGAACGGGCAGUUUGAAGAUCGUUCAGCCGCUGGACUACGAGGAUCAGCUGCAAAGUAACGGAUUCCGCUUCCGGAUUCAGGUGAACGACAAGGGGGAAGACAACGACAAUGACAAGUACCACGUGGCUUACUCGUGGGUGGUUGUGAAACUUCGGGACAUCAACGACAAUAAGCCGCAGUUUGAGCGGCCAAACAUAGAGGUUUCGGUGUACGAAAACGCCGAAGUGGGCAAGACGCUGGAAACCUUCAAAGCAACCGAUCCGGAUCAGGGUGGCAAGAGUAAGGUGGCGUACGCAAUUGAUCGAUCAUCGGAUCGACAGCGGCAGUUCUCGAUUAACCAGGAGGGUACCGUCACCAUCCAGCGGCAGCUAGAUCGUGAAGUAACGCCUAGACAUCAGGUUAAGAUUCUGGCCAUUGACGAUGGAAUACCGCCCAAGACCGCCACCGCAACGCUGACCGUGAUUGUGCAGGAUAUCAACGACAAUCCACCAAAGUUCCUAAAAGACUACCGACCGGUACUGCCCGAGCAUGUACCACCUCGAAAGGUUGUGGAGAUUCUAGCCACGGACGAUGAUGACCGCUCCAAGAGCAACGGACCACCGUUCCAAUUCCGACUAGAUCCUGGCGCGGACGAUAUCAUCCGAGCCUCGUUUAAGGUGGAGCAAGAUCAGAAGGGAGCCAAUGGCGACGGCAUGGCGAUAGUAUCCUCCCUGCGAUCCUUCGAUCGCGAGCAGCAGAAAGAAUACCUGAUUCCCAUCGUCAUCAAGGACCACGGUAACCCGGCGAUGACCGGUACCAGCACCCUGACGGUUGUGAUUGGUGACGUUAACGACAAUAAGAUGCAGCCCGGAUCGAAGGAAAUCUUCGUUUACAACUAUCUCGGCCAGGCGCCGGACACCCAGAUAGGACGAGUGUACGUGUACGAUCUCGAUGACUGGGAUCUUCCGGACAAGAAGUUCCACUGGGAGACGAACCACGAGCACGCCCGGUUCAAGCUGGACGAGGACACCGGUAUGAUUACGAUGCGCACUGGAACGAAAGAUGGGCGGUAUCAUUUGCGGUUCAAGGUGUACGAUCGGAAGCACACGCAAGCGGAUGUUCCGGCCAAUGUGACGGUAACGGUGCGGGAAAUACCUCACGAAGCGGUGAUCAACAGUGGCUCGAUACGGAUAGCGGGGAUCACGGAUGAAGACUUCAUACGGGUGUGGAACUACAGAACGCAGAGUCUGUCGCGAAGUAAGCUGGAUCGGUUCAAGGACAAGUUGGCGGAUCUGCUGAACACGGAUCGUGAGAAUGUUGAUGUAUUCAGCGUGCAGCUGAGGCGGAAGCAUCCCCCGCUAACGGAUGUCCGGUUCUCGGCACAUGGUUCACCCUACUACAAACCGGUUCGACUGAAUGGAAUCGUGCUGAUGCAUCGGGAGGAAAUUGAGAAGGACGUGGGCAUCAACAUAACGAUGGUUGGAAUCGACGAGUGUUUGUACGAGAAUCAGAUGUGCGAGGGAUCGUGCACUAAUACGCUGGACAUAAGCUCACUCCCGUACAUGGUGAACGCUAACAAGACGUCGUUGGUGGGAGUCCGGGUGGAUGUGAUAGCUGAGUGUACCUGUGGUGCGCGGAACUUCAGCAAGGCCGAGUCUUGUCGAUCAUCCCCGUGCUACAACGGAGGUCGCUGUAUGGAGACGCGGUAUGGACUCACUUGUUCCUGCCCGACAGGGUACACUGGACCGCGAUGUCAGCAAACCACCCGAAGCUUCCGCGGAAAUGGUUGGGCCUGGUAUCCACCGCUGGAUAUGUGUGAUGAUUCCCAUCUGAGCUUUGAGUUUAUCACACGCAAAUCGGAUGGUCUGCUGUUGUACAACGGACCGAUUGUACCUCCAGAGCGGGACGAAGUGCUAGUGUCCGAUUUUAUUUCCGUCGAAUUGGAGAGAGGAUACCCAAGACUGUUGAUCGAUUUCGGCUCGGGAACGCUCGAGUUGAGGGUGAAGACGAAGAAGAGCCUAGAUGAUGGGGAAUGGCAUCGUUUGGAUAUCUUCUGGGAUACGGAGAACGUCCGGAUGGUUGUGGAUUACUGUAAGUCCGCGGAGGUGUCCGAGAUGGAAGAUGGAUCGCCGCCAGAGUUCGACGAUUCUUCGUGUCAGGCACGGGGAACGAUUCCACCGUUCAACGAGUAUCUGAACGUGAACGCUCCGUUGCAGAUCGGUGGAUUCUACCGGGAACAGUUCGAUCCCACGCACUACCGGUGGAACUACAUGCCGAUGGGUAAAGGUUUCGAUGGAUGCAUAAAGAACUUGGUUCACAACAGUAAGCUGUAUGAUUUGGCCCAUCCUGGACUGUCCCGAAACAGCGUGGCUGGUUGUCCCCAGACGGAGGAAGUUUGCAGUCAGAGUGAGCAGACUUCACGCUGUUGGGAGCAUGGAAAUUGCGUGGGAAGUUUUACCGAGGCGAGGUGUCAAUGCAGACCCGGAUGGACUGGACCAGCCUGUAAUAUCCCUACGAUACCGACGACGUUCAAGCAGCAGAGCUAUGUGAAGUAUGCGCUUAGUUUCGAACCGGACCGAUUCAGCACGCAGAUUCAGUUGCGAUUCAGAACGAGAGAGCAGCACGGGGAGUUGUUCCGGGUGAGUGAUCAGCACAAUCGGGAGUAUGGUAUUUUGGAGAUUAAAGACGCGAGAUUGCGCUUCCGGUACAAUCUGAACUCGCUCAGGACGGAAGAGCGGGACAUUUGGCUGAAUGCGAUUGCGGUGGAUGAUGGGCAGUGGCAUGUGGUAAGGGUGAAUCGCCACGGGUCGGCGGCUACCCUUGAGUUGGAUGGCGGCGAGGGACGACGCUACAAUGAAACGUUCACGUUCGACGGACACCAGUGGUUGUUGGUAGACAAACAGGAGGGAGUUUAUGCGGGUGGUAAGGCAGAGUAUACCGGUGUACGGACGUUUGAAGUGUAUGCUGACUAUCAGAAGAGCUGUCUGGAUGAUAUAAGACUGGAAGGCAAACAUCUGCCUCUUCCGCCGGCCAUGAACGGUACCCAGUGGGGUCAGGCAACGAUGGCCCGUAACCUUGAGCGCAACUGCCCGUCCAACAAACCGUGCGCCAAUGUCAUAUGUCCGGAUCCGUUCGAGUGUGUGGAUCUGUGGAACGAGUACGAGUGCACUUGCGGUGAGGGUCGCGUCAUGUCCCCGGACGCCAAGGGCUGCAUGGACAGGAACGAGUGUCUCGAUUUGCCCUGCCUCAACGGGGGCAUCUGUGUGAAUCAGGAGCCCCGGCUGCGGUACCGCUGCGACUGCCCGGACGGCUUCUGGGGCGAGAACUGUGAGCUGAUCCAGGAGGGACAGACGCUGAAGCUGAGCAUGGGUGCACUAGCCGCCAUUCUUGUGUGUCUACUAAUCAUAUUGAUCCUGGUGUUGGUCUUCGUGGUGUACAACCGGAGACGGGAGUCGCACAUCAAAUACCCGGGCCCGGACGAUGACGUGCGAGAGAACAUCAUUAACUACGAUGACGAGGGCGGUGGCGAGGACGACAUGACCGCGUACGACAUCACUCCGCUGCAGAUUCCGAUCGGACCGAUGCCGGAGUUGAUACAGUGCAAAAUGCAACCCCUGAUGUGUAAGUACAAAAUUUUGCCCGACCGCGGGAGCCAACUUUGCAUUAUUUUUAAGUUACUUGAUUGCCGGAAACCGUUCGCUAACUUUGCGGCACUGUUUGUCGUUUCAUUUCACGCGCCCCCAGAUCCCGUUAUGACGAUGGGCCCUGGCCACGAGCCGAACGUUGGUAUGUUCAUCGAGGAGCACAAGAAGCGAGCCGACAGUGACCCCAACGCGCCCCCGUUCGAUGACCUGCGGAACUACGCGUACGAAGGCGGUGGCAGCACGGCCGGUUCGCUAAGCUCAUUACAGUCAGGCACCGACGACGAGGUGCAGGAAUUCGAGUACUUGGACGCGUGGGGUCCUCGUUUCGACAAGCUAGCCAACAUGUACGGUGACCAUCACCCUACGGAGCUGGACGAGCUUAAUUAGACGUCGCGCGGCUCUCAGCAACAAUUUCUUCGAAGAAAUUAAAACCAUCAAACAGUAUCAUUGCCAUCAACCAACAAAAGUCUGAUCCUGGGAGAGUGUACUCUGGUCCACCUACAACGAUGUAAGAGCACGUGGUUUCUCUGGAAUGACAAAAAAAAACACACGUCUCCUACACGACGCAGACUGUAUGCAAGCUCCAGAAGCAGGCGGUAACGACGGUAACAGCAACAAGACACGUAGGUACACGUUUUUAAGCAACCGGGAUUUCAGUUUGUUUUUAAUCACCCAUUGAAAAUGUGUCGGAAACAGAGAAAUGAAUCAGCAUGGGAAAGCUAAACCAAAGUUUAAUUAUUAAUGUUAAUAAUGAAGAUAUUACGCGAAUUUUGAAGGAGAAACAGCCUCGCUGGGGACGAAUCUUCGCCCCCAAGUGAGGACAGAAAAAGGAAUGCCUACGCUCAGCGAAUCCUAAGGAAGAGAACAUGAUGCAAAACGCACGAAACAAAUGAGAAAACAGAAAAUCUUUCCUACCUUCUCGUGUGGGGAUGAUGAUGAACGGAGGGGGGGGGAUAUUAGGCAAAGCUUGCUCGACUCGAGCUUUGAUAAAUGUUCUGAUGAUUCAACUUUAUACUUAUAUCAACGAGGUUUUAAUAUGUGAGGUUCUUGUUUGGACUUUUUUGGGUGUAAUUUAUACGAAACAAGGGCUCAUAUACACUAACAGAUAUACACUCGAGAGUUUGAAAAACAGGACACAGAUAUACACAGUAAAAUCGGAACAGACAGAACAUACAACUGUUAACAGAGGUUCAUUUUCUUGAUUACUCCUUGAAUUUACUUCCCGUGAAAGGUAUCUUUUCGUUAUUUUUAUCCAUAGGUAUAUAUUUUAUUAUUUUUAAAUAAAAAUCGAACACAUCAAUGUUCCUGUUUUUUUUUUAAUUUUUGCUAAGUAAGUGAUAGUUUUUUUCUAGUACGAAAAACUGAAGCAAUUGUUUUUAUAAAACAUAGAAACCAUACACGUUUCACGAAUACAGACACGAAAGGAAGCGUGCACGCCCACUCUUUACGUAGCGUGAGAAGGAGAAGAAAAAGAGUACGAACUAACUUUUCAUGGCCAUCUACUUUUUAGAGAAAAAUUAAAACACACGAAAACGAGAACAUCGUAAACUAGUUUGUAAAAGAAAAAAACUGACAAUUAGUGUAUCAACAGCCACAGAAAAUAAGAAAAAAAUUAAACCCUAAAGUAUAUAAAUCAAAUAUACAAUACAACAAAAAUGAUAACUAAAUCUGAGGAUCGAAAUUUAUGCACAGUGGGAAAAUCUGUUUGAAAUGUGGGUAAAAUUGUGGAAAAUGUUGGUCAUAAAUCGUGGAAGAACACAUGAGUGUUUUAAGGUAAUUUAUUUAUGUCGUAAGUAAAAGAAAGAAAAAACUAAUAUUAAUGAAAACAUGAUAUUGUACAUCCAAAGACUGUAACAUUUAUUCUUGAAAGUUUUAGUUUUCGACCGUUUAGUUUCAACUUUUAAAGUAAUUAUUAAGAAAGCCAGCAGAUAAACCGAAGCAUAUUUGAUACUGACAUUUAAUAAACAAAAAAGGUAAACAAAAGGGGAAAUUUUAUACUAUAGUUUCCUAGAAUACCAAACCAUAGUUGAGUUUGUUUUUGUUCCAGCAGCAAACCAAUCCAAAACAAAACCACACGUACACAAAUAUACCAAAACCCUCAGCACCGAUCCUAUUUAGACAGGAGAUUUACACAUACACAAACACACACUCGUGAGGGGAAUCCGAACAAGAAGAAGAAGAAGAAGAAGAAGACGAAAAACUGAAUCUGUAUUAUUAAACAAUAUUAUUACUAACUUAGGUGAAGAAACAAGAAACGAUAUUACUUAGUACGCUCAUUAUUCUAGGGAGAUAUUUAAUCAAUGCCAUCACAGAGGAGAAAUGAAUCCAUUUUUUAUCGUUAUACAUACUCGACUUAUUAGUUUUCAUUUCUCUUCGAGAGACGUUAAAGAAUUGACAACUCAUUUCAGCUCAUAAAAAACAUACGCAUUUUCAUCGGCGGGAGGGGAAACAUUUAGUCAUUAGCGAAACGCCCCCCUCGAUAAGCCUCAUUCCCCCAUUCACGCAUCUUCAGCCACUCCACUCAAAUCAUACUGACAGUCAUACUCACACACACACACCCUCAAACAUACAAGGCAUCAUCAAGUAGCAAACACGCGCGAAGUGAAUCUCGUUAGUUAAUUGAAAUCUAUCUUUUUUAAUAAGAAAAUUGAAAACAAAACUUGGGCAUUAUUAAAAAAAACUCUGGAUCGAAAUGACGGGGAGAAGGAAGAAAUAAUCAUAAGAAAAACAAAAGCACUAAACUCCUACAGCAAACCGAGAAUCCACUUUGUGUCGGAAGAGACCCACAUCCACUCACACAUAAAUACAUGAAGUAAGAACUGGAAAAAUCACGCAUUUUAGAUGAAAUACAACAACAAAAAAAAAACAGAAACAAAUUACCGAACAGAAACUGGUGUUAAAACAUAGACCGUGAACUACUGAAAUCCUAGUGUAAAUAUAGUGUUGUAAUAUUUAACGCCGGAAAAUGAAGAUAUAGGAAGAAGUAAGAAGGAACAGCUUAUUUGAGGAUAACCGAGUUUUUUUUCUAACCCGAGAGAGGAAAAAAAAACACGCAGCAAAAAAAUGAUGAAACUGAAGAGAGGAGUAAUAAUGUUACUUAGAGAAAAUUUUAGAUGAACAAACGACGGUCAAACAUAAACACAUAAACAAACACACUCAACACAACUAAAACAGAGCAGCAAACUAAAAAUCGACGACGUUCAAUUAUGGAUGGAAUAAAUCAAGAGGAAAAUGCUACAUAAAGUGAAAAAAAUGGAAAAGAAACACAGGAAUAAAUCAGAUGAAUGAUCGAAACUGAA